AUGAGUGACAUAACAAAUGUUUUUAGGAAGUAUGUUAGUAUUAUUGAGGAAAAUAGACGUACACCUACACUUACUCCAGAUGAUAUAAAAUCAGCAUCUCAAACGCAGACACUUAUUCAUGAAUCACUUAAUGAUUCUUUUAUGUUUGAAUGUAAGGAAUUAUUUAAAACAAUCAUUGAUUUACGAAAGAUUCUAAUAUCAAUUGAACCACGGUAUCUUGAUGACUCUGAUUUAACUGAAGAAGAAAAGGAUGACAUGGACACAGAAAUUAGACUUCAGUUUCAACAGUAUAUGCAAAAAUUUAGAAUGCUGGAGAAAUAUGAAACUGAAAGACAAUCACUUAUAGAUAAACAAGUGGAAGCUUCUAAAAACAAAUUAAGCAAUAUUUUAUUAUCAUCAUCGAAAGGGAAUAAAAAAAAAUUAAAUAAUGAUACGCAUAAUGAAUUUAGACUGGGUGUGUUACAGUCAUUAAAUUUGUGGAUUGGCCUUGUAUCAUCACAAUUUUCUUCAAUGCAAGAGGAGAGAUUGGCUUUUCAAAAGAAAUUUGAAGCAACUGAUUUUAGCGUUAAUUCAUCUUCUCCAGUGGAUCUACAUCCUGAAGUUAGUAUUUCUUUGUCAAAACCUUUGAAUGAGGAUGAUCCACACGAAGAAAUAAAACAUUUUGAAGAAACAAUUUCAAGAUUAACUCAAGAGCAAGUACAACUUUUAGAAACAGAACAUGAGGAAUUAAUAAAUCAUAAAAAUGAUCAACUUAAAAAAGUGGAGAAUAUUAACAAGACGAUUACUGAUAUUGUAUCAAUCCAACAUGAAUUAGCAACACAUUUACAGACACAAUCACAGAAUAUUAACAAAAUUUUGGAUAACCAAGACGACGUUGAGAUCAAUAUUAGGGAAGGUAACAAACAGUUGGCAAAAGCCAGAAAAUCAGCAAGUAGGACUGCUAAAAUGACCACAUACAUAGCCAUAAUUUUGGGUAUUCUAAUCUUGUUCCUAGAUUAUAUAGGCUAA